UGCAGGAUUUCCGUGCUGCAGGGCCGGGUGGUGGGAAGAUGGCAGGGCUCCGGUGCUGCAGGCCCGGGGGGAGAAGGAGAUGGCACAAUGCACAGCUCUGGGGUUGUACGGGGCGGGAGGAUAGCAGGGCUCUGGUGCUGCAUGGCCGUGUGGUGGCUAUGGGGGGCGGCGGCGGCGGCUGCAGGGUGGUGGGAAGAUGGCAGGGCUCCGGUGCUGCAGGCCCAGACCCCGCCGUGUCCCCCAGCAAGAGGCUCAAGGCAGCGGAGCCUGACUUGCGGCUUCGCUUCGCCAAGCUCUCCGAGAACGCGUCCGCCCCGUCCCGGGGCUCGGCCCGCGCAGCUGGCUACGACCUAUACAGUGCCUAUGACUAUGUGAUUCCUGCUAUGGAAAAGGCUAUAGUGAAAACUGACAUUCAGAUCUCCCUCCCUUCUGGAUGUUAUGGAAGAGUAGCCCCACGUUCUGGAUUAGCUGCAAAACACUUCAUAGAUGUUGGUGCUGGGGUCAUUGAUGAAGAUUACAGAGGAAAUGUUGGCGUUGUACUUUUUAAUUUUGGCAAGGAAGAUUUUGAAGUUAAAAAAGGGGACAGAAUUGCCCAGCUGAUCUGUGAACGCAUCUUCUAUCCUGAGCUGGAGGAAGUUCAAGUUCUGGAUGACACUGAACGUGGUACAGGUGGCUUCGGUUCUACUGGCCAGAAUUGAAGAGAGAUGUUAGAUGUAAUAAAUUCUUACUGUAUUUUGGAUUUUAUUGAUUAAAGGUUCUUUUUUUAAACA